UUUCAUUUCCAUUAUUUUGAGAAACUAAAUUAUACACUCAUUCAUCAUCAUUGAAAUCCAUACGUUUAUUCGACUGAACCUUUCACAUAAAAAACAUUCCACCCAUUUCAUCACACGAUCAUUUCCCAAAUCAGACACGUGUACUGAAUGAUCUCGAUCGACGAAUGCGUAUUGUGGGCCACAGAGUUGAUCGAGACGAUUUCCACUUCCAUUGGCACCUGCAACCACUAUUUCUUGAGAUUCUCCUCUUCGAUAUCGUCUCACUUUAUAUUUUCGAUUGUCAACGACAUAGAGAGAUCCAUUCUCGUCCAUUGUCAAACCCCUACAAUGGAUGUUGGAGAUGAUUGUUUCUCCACUUGUCCCAUUUCGACGAGGCCAUCGAACCACUCUUUUAUUCGAACUAUCGCAGAUGAUGAGACUAUCUCUCUCUUUGUCGACAAUCACAUCUAAUGGGCUCCAAAGUUCUACAUUUAUUGUCCUCACGGUAAAAAAAAGGUUCAUACUUCUGCGUUAUUGACCCUACAACCAUAAAAAUAAAAAUGGAUAAGCAUAAAUGCAUAAAGCAUAAAAACGUAUUUUUAAAUGAAACAAAUAUGAUAUUCAGAAUCAGCAUACAAAACUGGGUCAGAUAACAUGGACUUUGUUUCAAAAUAUUUUUCAUCAAAAAUCGACCCCUACUACCCCUCAGCUCUUUUUUCAAGUAAUUUUGCCUGCGGUCCAUUUUUGACGAAAAAUAUUUUGAACAAAGUCUAUGUUAUCUGACCCAGUUUUGUAUGCUGAUUCCGAAUAUCAACACUAGUUUAUUCAAAAAUACAUUUUUAAGAGAGCCUCCUUGAGAAAACCGUACACCUGCUACAGAACCCGACUGGGGAAAACUUUUUGUUUCCGUAUUUGACUAUCUGGCCGGCUAGAGCAUCGAAAAUAUACGGCAAAAAAAUUUUCUCAGCUUUAUGUUGCAAAGAAAACAUUUUAGUUAGGAGUGACUGUUUUCAGCCGAUUAAUAUACACUAUUUUUUGCUCUGAUAUCUACUACCCAUCCAAAUGCUCGAUGGCAACAGAAUGGUCUCACUGUGGCUGGAGGAAAUGGACAAGGCAAUGGAAUCAAUCAACUCUACUACCCAUGUGGUUUGUAUGUUGAUGAUGAUGAUCAAACAAUCUAUAUCGCUGAUGCAUCGAAUCAUUGUACUGUGGAAGGGAAAUGGGGUGCGACGAUUAGCCAAGUGGUUGCCGGUGGAAAUGGACAAGGAAAUGGGACUCAUCAGUUGUCUGACCCAUUUGAUGUGAUUGUCGACAAAGAGGAAGAUAGUCUCAUCAUCUGCGUUAUUCGAAUAGAAGAGUGGGGUUUGACAAUGGACGAGAAUGGAUCUCUCUAUGUCGUUGACUAUGGAAAACAUGAAGUGAGACGAUAUCGAAGAGGAGAAUCUCAAGGAAUAGUGGUUGCAGAUGGCAAUGGAAGUGAAAAUUGUCUCGAUCAACUCUAUGGCCCACACUACGUAUUCGUCAAUCGAGAUCAUUCAGUAUACGUGUCUGAUUGGGGAAAUGAUCGUGUGAUGAAAUGGGUGGAAGGUGCAAAACAAGGCAUUGUCGUGGCUGGUGAUCAAGGAGAAGGAAAUGGUCUUACACAAUUGUCAAAUCCUUGGGGAGUCGUUAUCGAUCAAUUGGGCACUGUCUGUGUGACUGAUCGAGGGAAUCAUCGAAUAAUGCGUUGCCCCAAAGGAGCCACAAAGGGAAGUGUCAUUGUUGGUGGAAACGGUAGAGGAGGACAAUCGAAUCAACUCAAUGUGCUCAUCGGUUUGUCAUUCGAUCGACACGGCAAGUUCCAUGUCGUCGAGAACGAAAAUCAUGGAGUACAAAAAUUCAAUAUUGAUUCAAAUGCAUAA